AUGGAGAAGAAAAGUGAAGGAACCUUGGCUAUUGUGUUGCUGGCUUUAAUACAAGGUUUUCUGGCCUCUAGUGCUGUGGAGGUGCAGCCCUCCAUCAACCCUGCUGCAGUCGGGGACACAGUGACACUGUCUCUGUCUCCCUCUAUAACUCUAAAAAGUGGAAGCUGGGCAGUGGGAGAGUCCCUCAUACUCACCUGGGUGGGUAACCAGCUGGCAGUCUUCCCUAGUCACAGCGGCAGGGCGACAGCCAACGUCCUCACUGGAGCUCUUACUCUGAGCUCCGUCAAGGUGGCCGACUCAGGAGUCUACGCAGUGCAAAGCAGUGACCCCCCAUUUAAUGCCAAUACUUCCAUCACUGUUCUGGAGCCCAUUUCAAAUGUGACACUAAGGGCGAAUCAAACCAACCGGAUGGAGUUCAACAGUUCAGCAGUCAUUACAUGCUCUGUUUCCUCUGGAUCCUCCCUCUCUUUCCUCUGGCUGAACGGCAGCUCUGAGGUUACAGCCAGCAACAGAGUUCAGCUCACUGAUGGAAACUCCACUCUCACUAUACUCAGUGCAACCCGCUAUGACCAGGGACCAUUCAGGUGUUGUGUGUUCAAUCCUGUCAGUAAUGGCACCAGUGAUCCAGUAAACUUUACUAUCGAUUAUGGUCCUGAUAACAUGGCCGUAACAGUGAAUGGACAGAACAAGACUUCCUUCUCUAUUGGAUCCAAUCUGGCCAUGCUCUGUUCAGUGCAGUCCAAUCCUCCAGCUCAGCUUCAGUGGGCCUUCAGAGGAGGGCUUGUGAACACUACAGGUCUAUUGUUGAAGCUGUUCAGCGUCAACGAAGAUCAAAGUGGUCCAUAUUCUUGUCUGGCCUUUAACAAUCUCACCAACACCAACGGCAAUAUCACCAUACACAUCGUGAUAGCAGUGCCUAUUUCAUAUGUGACAGUGAGGGCAAACACAACCAACCUGAUGGAGUUAACUGACACAGCAGUUCUCAUGUGCUCUGUGUCCAACGGCUCGUCCCCGUCUUAUGCUUGGCUGAAUGGCAGUUCUGUGAUUACUGCCGGUGGGAGAGUACAGCUCAGCAAUGGAGGCACCACUCUCACCAUGGUCGGGGUGACCCGCUAUGACCAGGGGCCAUUCAUGUGCAAUGUGACCAAUGGCAUCAGCCAUGCAAUCAGUCUCCCUGUACUUCUGAACAUCAGCUAUGGCCCAAUGAAACCAGUGAUCACGGGGGUGUCUGUGGCUCUGGCAGGAACAAAGGAGAUCCUCAACUGCUCAAGCGCGUCUUAUCCUACCAGCCUCAUCAGCUGGUAUUUCAACGAUUCCCUGCUGACUACCACCUCAGAGUUAGCGAUUGGACCUUUGACCUUAGACAUGAGCGGGAAGUACAUCUGCAUAGCCUUCAACAACAUCACCAAAAUAAGCAGCUCUGCCUACACGAUGCUCAUUUUUUUGGCUCCAGUGACCACAGUGUCAAUAAAAAUGGUCAGAGCUCAUCCAGUCCUGAACCACACCUUCACCCUAACCUGUGACUCAGCUGGACACGUCCAUUCAGUUAUCUGGAUGCAUAAUUUAUCCCCACUGUAUCCUGACAACACAAGAAACUUCUCAAUAGACAACGCCACCCUCACCUUUGAUCCUAUCUUGCACUCUGACAAUGGGAGCUAUCAGUGUGAAGCUUCCAACACAUUCAGCAAAUCAACCAGUGAAAUCUUCAAACUGGAUGUUGUUUAUGGACCUGAUAUGCCAACUAUCACAGGACCAAAUGUGGCAAGGACAGGAGACAAUGUUACACUGAGCUGCUACGCACCAUCAAAUCCUCUCAGCUUCUACAGUUGGCUCUUCAACGGCUCUCUAGUGGCGAAUACGUCUCAGUAUGUCACACCUCUUCUUACCAUAGCCACAUGUGGAAUAUACACGUGCAUGGCCUACAACAACAUCACUGGAAAAAACAGUACCGCACACAGAAUGCUUACUGUUGUUGAUUCAAUAAUAGAUGUACAAGUACAAGCAUCAAUGGAUUAUGCUAUAGAAAGUAAUUUCUAUAUGCUGAAAUGCAUUGUGACUGGACCCGCUGAGCAUGUUAACUGGAUGAAAAAUGGUGAGCCACUGCAAGAAGACAACAGAACUGCUAUCAACAUGGCCAAUGCAACAGUCACCUUCAACCCACUAGAAACCACUGAUACUGGAUACUACCAGUGUAUGGCUAUUAAUGCUUUUGACAACAAGACCAGCCCUCCAUACAAGCUCCUUGUCAAUUUUGGACCAAGAACACCCACCAUUGACGGGCCAGCUUUUGCAGAGAAAGGAAAUUCUGCAAUCUUCCAGUGUUCUGCCAUGUCAAUACCUCCCAGUCAGUUCAGCUGGUGGUUCAAUGGCUCCAUUGUGGCCAAUACAUCAUUGUUUAAAACUGGCCCUUUGUCGUUCAAUAUGAGUGGAGAAUACACCUGUAUGGCCUACAAUUAUUUGACAGGAAAGAACAGCACAACAUCCAAGAUGCUCACAGUCAUUGGGGUUAUAGAGUCAGUGGUGAUCAGAAACAACACAGUUCCAAUAAACUUUAAUAUCUUCACUCUGACAUGUCAAGUUACUGGGCCGUAUGACAAGAUCUACUGGAUGAAGAACAACAUGCCCCUCAACAUGAACACCCCCACAGCCUACCAUGCUAAAAACAAUGUGCUGUGCUUCACUCCAGUGACAACGAACAAUGACGGGAUAUAUCAGUGUGUCGCUGUCAAUCAGGGGUUUUCACAUUACAGCCCCCAAUACAUUCUCCUGGUGAACUAUGGCCCUCUGAGUGUGAAUAUCUACGGUCCAAAUUCAGCAGAGGUUGGCAGCUCCGUGUCCCUGAACUGCUCUGCUACUUGUCAGCCAGAUUGUGUCCUCUCCUGGUUCUUCAACAAGCAGUCAUCAAAACCUCUAAAGACGGGCUCUGUUUUCACUUUCUCUGUGGCAAAAAAGAAUCAGGGGAACUACAUCUGUAUGGCAAACAACCUUGUGACUAACAUCACAAAGUACCAGACUAAAGCCGUUACUGUUACUGGUGAGUGUGCCUUUGCUCUCCUUAUUUUUGACGUGGUGACUGCAUUAUGUCCAUAAUAAUCUUCUUUAAUUGUUGCUCACAAGCAAAGUAUAAAUGAAACAUGAUCCAAAGUUUUGAUGCGAUAAUUUCAAAAUGUUUUGU